CCUCACCCUGUUGCUGCCGUGCAUGGGAGCCUCAAAGGUGCACCAGGGCUGGCUGGACCGCAUGGUGGCGUACCAUAAGAAGAACUUCCUUCAAGAGUUUGCUAAACUUCCACCGCUUACUGUGACGGUCGAGAAGGCACCUGCUGGGUUUGUGGACUCGCCAAAAUGGGACAGAGAAUCCGUGAUGCGUCUUGUUAUGUUGGUGGAGGUGUUGGAUGCGCGACAAGCACGGCAAGCUAUCCGCCGCGCGCUGUCUCCCUCCCGCCGCUUCGACCUCCCCCCUGGGAAGAAUACCUUCGAACUCUUCCCCAGCUGGGGUAAGGACCACCCCAACCACUUCUAUUACGACGACAUGGUCCAAUACGACGAUAAAAUGACUAACGCACCCCAAGACGAGGUCGUGACAGAUGAUACCGUCGUGUACAUCUCCAACCCGGUUGAAGCCCGCCUGCCUGCUUCUAGAGUCACUGUCAGGCUCUUAAGGGAAAUAAUGGAGACGCGCGCAAUCAGUCUGCGAAAAAUGCCGUCCACACCUCGUACUACAUACUCAUGGACAACAAAGUCGCAGAACCCCGAGGAGGCAGGAAAGUCCACGGAAUCAGCCGGAGCAGGCACGACCGCUGCGGGAGGCGUCACGGUCUGUAUACGGAAUAUUUUACCACCCAUCCAGAUCAGCCUUUCAUCGACCACUGCUGAGCAUUGGUCUCUUCGAGUACGCAAUCCCGGUCCUGAACCUGGCGGUGGAGACACUAACGCUGCGGGAGGCGUCACGGAGCCUCCGAAAGAUAGUGAGGAAAAGAAAGAAGAAGAAAAGAAAGAGGACGAAAAGGAAGAUGAAGAAAAGAAAGCGGAAGAAGAUAAAGAUGGAGAAAAGAAAGAAGAAGAAAAAAAAGAGGAAGAAGAGGAGAAAAAGGACGACAAGUAG